CUCAGUGGUGACCCCCAUUUAGUUUAACGUCCAGCGCCGUGGAUCUCACACGGCAGCGACAGAAGAGACGUUAAGAGUGAUACAUCGACUUAUAUCGAACGAGAGUGUGUGUUGUGAACAGUGAACAGACAUUCUGUUUAUAAAUACAAGUGGCAGAUUAUAAGAAAUUGUGUGUGGAAGGAUUAAACAUCAGAGACCUUAUUACAGACGGACUGACGUACGAGACAUCUUCAGGCGAUAUGAAGAGGAUGAAACACUACAUUACAAUAUGUCUUCUCGGAUUAUUGCUACUUGAAGGCGCCCGGAGCGAUGCGCCGCUGGUGGACUCAGCUUCGCUGCCCCUGGAGCACCGGGCGGUAUACGGGCCCCCGAGCCAUCUGCCCCCGCCACCAGCUUAUGGCCCGCCCCACGGCGGGGGAAUUGGGGGAGGAGACGAGUCGUGGCCCCUGGCGACCCCAGACAUGCCACAGAUCAAACAUUUGCAGGUGCAGUGCGAGAAGACGAACAUGAGGGUGAACAUCGAGUUCGACAGACCGUUCUACGGCAUGAUCUUCUCCAAAGGGUUCUACAGCGACCCUCACUGCGUGCAUCUUAAGCCAGGCACGGGACACCUCAGCGCCACCUUUGAGAUCUACCUAAACAGCUGCGGGAUGUCCUCCUCGGCGAAUCAUAACGCAGCAGGGGCAUAUGGGGCACCCACCCCUAGCGGCAGCUACGUCGAGAACACCAUCAUAAUCCAAUACGACCCGUACGUCCAGGAAGUCUGGGACCAAGCCAGGAAAUUACGAUGCACUUGGUAUGAUUUCUACGAGAAGGCGGUGACAUUUCGACCGUUCCAAGUGGACAUGCUACACGCGGUCACUGCCAACUUCCUGGGCGACAACCUCCAGUGCUGGAUGCAGAUCCAGGUCGGGAAGGGACCGUGGGCUUCGGAAGUGUCGGGCAUCGUGAAGAUAGGACAGACCAUGACGAUGGUGCUGGCCAUUAAGGACGACGAGAGCAAGUUCGACAUGCUGGUGAGGAACUGCGUGGCGCACGACGGCAAGAGGGCCCCGAUCCAACUGGUGGAUCAGUACGGCUGCGUCGUGAGACCCAAGAUAAUGAGCAAGUUCCAGAAGAUCAAGAACUUCGGUCCAUCUGCUUCCGUUGUUUCAUUUGCCUAUUUCCAGGCGUUCAAGUUCCCGGACUCCAUGAACGUGCAUUUCCAGUGUGUGAUUCAAGUGUGCAGGUACCACUGCCCUGAGCCGAAGUGUGGAGCUGUGGGUUUCGGGGGUGAAUAUGGACCUCCAGCCCUCGGUUUGGGUGGACUACACGGUGCUGGGCUGAGUGGGGAGUACGGAGCCCCUGCCUCGUCUCUCGAUGGUGGCGGCACGCAUUCUGAUUACGGUGCUCCACCACCACCACCGCCACCACUGAAUGAGUACGGUGCACCGGCUGCAUUCCCUGACCCACGUCAUCCCUCAGGUCCCACAGGAGCCUUCUCAGAACCCAAACCUGACGUUGUUCCUGCCCCACAAGCACAGCAGAGCUCAUCCACCUCAAACCCUCCAAACCCAUCGUCACCCGCUCCUCAUCAUUCCUCAUCCGGUAGCACCAACGACAUACAUCUGCCACCGCCUCCGCUGCCAGGACACCAAAACUCUUACAUCACAGUGAAGAGAAAGGGUGGUGUUGUGGAUGAGAUCGAGGGUAACCUGGCUACCCUGGGUGGGCGACCCCGCUCAGUGGAGGUGGAACUGCAAGGUGCCAGGAGACGCCGUAGCACCGGCACAAUUGUGGUUACCCGCAUCUACAAACGGGAAGCUCAAGAGAUGACAGACGUCAACACGAGUCGCAUAAUUCAGGUGGUCGCGCCCGGAGACGUCAACUUCGCACUCAACGGCGCCUCCAGCAACGAGACCGUGGUGAUCCAAUCGACGAGUACGUCGGCACCUGACUCAGAGCACAUCUGCAUGUCUGUUCCCAGCUUCGUCGGUGGUCUGGUCAUGCUGCUGCUGGUCCUCGUCAUCGCAUGUCUAGUCGCCGCGUUCUUGUUCGUCAGAGUGAGAGCUAUCGACCGGAAGGGAGCCACCACAACAUUUGUGCCACACGGAUAUGACAAUGCAGAAUUCGUCAAAGUUGCCAACUGAAAUAAAAGACUCGUCGUGCACGACUCGAGAGAGCUUUCGAUUAAACGGCUUGACGUAAACCGGGUUUGAUUCUUGCUAAUUUAGACACUUCGGUGAAGUCGAGAAAUAUCGUCGUCUCAAAUUGUGCAAGGUUUUUACCCAUCGUGCGAGUUCUCAUCGGUUUAGCUGUAUGUCGUUCUGUUAUCGUAGUGGGUGACGUGCGGUCUGAUCUGCAGGUUUUUCUGUGGUUAAACCAGCGAUUUAUAAAAAGUUCUUGAAACAUCACUGUCGAUAGCGACUAACCACUUUAUAUGUCUCUGAUUCAUUUAGUAUACACUCACAGUACUCGUUAAUCAGGAAAAAAUCAUGAUCUACAUCAACAAGAUGGCCCUAAAAUAUCUGUUAAUUCAAUGGUACGAAGUGCUAAUUGGCAUUAUGUCACUUAAAUAUCCAGGUGACCCAUCACUUACCUCUUAUUUUAUGUGAGGACAACGACAUACGGCCCAGUGAUGAAACUUCGCUUACGUCAAGCCGUACUUUACGCCGGAUCUGUUGAUAUCAGUUGCCAACAACAACAAAAAUAACACGACCGUAUAGUUUUGGAUUCCUCACGCGAUCCUGACGUUCUGUUCAAGUUACCAACUAAAUAAAAGUUAGGUUAAACUUGAUAAUGGUAAGAGAUUGUUUCAUCGCCAGUAUUUUUAAGUCAAAAAGUAGGUUUUUGUAUAGUAAUUGACCUAAAAACAUCAUUUUUUAAUUAUAAUAUAACAUAAGUUAUGUAAGAUGCCUUAAGUGAUGUUAAGGUACGAAGCCGUAGCCAGGCGUUUUAAACCAUCGGGAAGAGUGGGUGCCGUUGGUAAUGUAUUACCUGGUUAUCUGUGUGUGUUUACUGCAUUCUGAUCCAACGUCGGAACACCUCGUUUAAAACCAAAACUGAUUUUCUGAAAUUAUCGUAAAUUUAAAUUGCUCGCGCGGUUGUAACAAGUAAUUUAUUACGGCAUCUUGAGCGGACGGUUUGUCGAAACAAAGCACAGAGUAACGUGAUAUAUGAUUUUCGGUCUGUGGCCCAUAAUUUGUCACCGUUAAUAUAAAAAUUAUUGUCGCGAAUGCACCUAAGCAGUGGAACUGAUAAUAUUUAAAUCUAAGCCCUCUUUAUAUGUCAUUAAUUAUUUUUUUUAUAGACAAGAAUUUAUUAAGGUGUUGCCUAACCACGGCCUUCUAUGAUUUUUUUACGAGAAGCAAACUUAGUUCUGUGAACUAAUAUUAUAGAACUACGUAGCUUUAAGAAUUUUAGUAAUUGCAAUAUCCAGGAAGGCUGUGGCAAUGCAAAUAGAACGAAAGAUAGUUAUAUUCUUAUGGUAAAUAUAUUUUUAAAAUAUACCUCAAAUUCCAGCAAAAAAGUAGGCGUAGGUGGGAGGAUAAUAUUAAGAUGGACCUUAGGGAGAUAGGAAUCGAUGGAGCGAACUGGAUGCAACUUAGCUCGGGGUAGAGUCCGGUGGCAGGCUUUUGUGAGAAUGGUGAUGAAUCUUCAGGUUCUAUAAAGAAAGUGGGCUAUUUUUUGACACGUCGAGUAGCAAUCGACUUUUCAAAGAAUAUCGUGUGUCGUAGAGCGAGUGUGUGCCAGCAAAAUGUAAACGUAGUAGUUUACAAGAAUAUUUAUUUUUUAUUUUUUUGAAAAUUACAUUUCACAAAAUAUUCACGCGACGUUAUUAUUAAAAUUAGUGAGCACGCUCAAUAUAAAGUGUUAAUGACUUGUGUUCCUAAUGAUUUUACACAUAUAUAUCUUAACUCGCGUGAAUUUUGGAUUACUCUGUAGGCGACAUGUCGGAAGUUAUUAUCGUAGAUCUUCGCGCUGCCGUAAGGACGUGGCGUGUCGCCCGGUUGUUGUUUUAAUUUUGAAAUUAUGGACGUAAGCUGGAAGGAGAGAGAGGGGGAGGGGUGAUAGUUGAAUUUUUUUUUUUAAUAUAUAGGGGGCUUUGAUAUACGUGAAACUUCAUAUCCAUCACUGUUAUACCAUUUUAAUUUAUUAAUUUAUAUAUCACUCACAACUUAACAUUUUCAGUGCUCAUAGUACACUUCUACAUUGCAUUCAGAAGGAAUAAGGGUUUGUCUAAAUGUAUUUAUUGAACUGUCGAGGGGUGCGUUUCGUGAAGCCGACACUGCCGUCGCGGUAUGGCGUUCGACUAAGCUGUCGGAAUUUGAAAGUGAAAAAAAUAAUGGCUGAAAGAAGUAGUAGAUUGUGUUUGUAGACUAUAGGGUGUUGAUAAGACAUGUCCGCGUUCCUUCAGCGUACAUAAAGCAUCAAAAUCGUUUUCCCUUAAUUUAUAAAACGUAGUAUCUUAAGUUAAUUUUUUUAUAUUUUAUAGUAACUUAAGCUAUUUUUACCAUGCAACUCUUCACAUAUUUCUGUAAGACUGGUCUAUAUUUAAGAACCACCGUGUGCAUUUUUUUUUUUAAGAACACUGGGAAUAUUGUAUUAUAUUUUCUUUAAAUCGGCCACAUUUUUUUACACACAUUCCAAAUAUAUAUAAGUCAUUUUGUAAUGCACAUAAUUUCUGUAUCAUGUAAUAAAAUAUGUUUUCUGUUUUCAGAAGAAUUUUGUUUGUACUCGUACGUUCAUAGCAGAAAAGCAAAAUAAUUGCCGUCACCAAGGAAUGUGAUAAAAUAUUAAAUAUCUGUUCGUCAUCAACUGGUUCCGUAAUAUUUUAACGAUGAUUACGAUUAUCGUGAUUUAUAUUUAGAGCACGCGGCAUUUGGAAAACUUUCUUGCGUAUUUUAGAAGUUUGAUAAGUCUGGCCAAUUGUGUGUAAGAAAUUUGAAAAUAAUUUGAUAUAAAUGGUGUUUCAUGAAGAAGAUGUGGUAAGACUGAUAUCAAGUUGGCGGUGGUAACAACUGUGCGGUCGUAUAUAAGAAUUUAUUGAAUUUUCAUAUGUACAUGUUUUGUAAGUUCGAGAACCGUGAAAUAUGAUUUAACGCGUGAAUUUAUUGUAUUAAUGAAAUUUUCGAGAAUAUAUCAACUUAAUUUGGAACUUUUAUAAAAAUGUGCUCGAAGCGUUGUGAAGUGGAAAUGUUAAUGAAUAUUUCGAGUUCUCGGUUGUGCGCGGUUAUUCUGGUAAAGUUGAAUUACGUUUCGUAGAAUUUAUGAAAAUUCAUAGUUUUACGGUAAACUUCGAAUGUAAUUUCUUCGCUGAACACAUGUUUAAAUCUAUGUUAUAUUUACAUCUGGUACCAAGCAGACUGACGUAACUGAAGAAAUUGUCUUUUAUUUUGAUUGUUGUAUGUAAAAUUCUCUUUGGUUUUCUGUUUCUAGUUCUUACACAAAAUUUUCUGGUGUUUCCAAGUCCCCGCCCUGCUUUUGAAUUCGGGUUUCAUUUGCAGUUUUGAACCAGGGAUCUCCUGAAUGUGAAUCAGGAGUGCUAACCACUCAACUUGUGACAUGUGGUGGAUUUUCAUAUAUUGUUUGUUUUCUCACUUGUCAUCUAAAGACUUGGACGGAGGAUUUUUUCAUGGUGAGGAGCUUUUUUGCAUUUUUGAUGCAUGAGAGAGAUAAGAAAUGCAUACAGAAUUUUAAUCUGAAAACCUGAUGAUCAGACAACUUGGAGAUGGGAUGGGGGAAUAAUAUUAAAAUUGACUUAAAAAUAAUAACAUGAGGACAUGGAUUGAAUUUGUGCGGCCCAGAAUAGGGGGCAGGUGGCGGACUGUUGGCUUCUUGAUGAUAAUUCUCCUCGAUGGAGUUUGUUAUGUAGCGAACAUGUUUCCUGUAACAUAUAAAUAGUGACAAAGUAUUUUCUGUGUUGUUUUAUGGUAGAGUCGUAAUGAAAAUAGUAUUGUUAGAUAUUUAUUUCAAUUUUGCAGUGCUUUCCAAACAUUUAGAUUUGUGGAAGAACGCUAGUGCAUGGCAGGGGAAGAUAAUUCUUUGGAACUGAUCUUCAGAAUUUAUAAAAAUGUUCUGUGGUAACUUAUUCAUUCGGGGAGGAACGAACGCAACUUUCAGAGGUCAGUCGUGGCCACGUUUUCGUCAGAGUUUGAACUGUAAAUCCUUACGCUGGUCUUUAACGUCGCUCCCGAAGAAAACUACAGUUCAGAAUACACUUGUUUUUUUGUUUAUAUAUACAAUUCACCGAAGUUUUGGAGGUGACUGAUGGAAAGUUUCUGCAUUAUUCAAAAUAUGCUACAUUUUCCAACUCGGUACUCACAAUUACCCACUUUAACUUCUUCCCACAUGGGCAUUAAGAGGUUGUGUGUUUGAUUUCUUGCUGUGUACCAAAAUUUUAUUUCCCCGUAGCCAGUCCACGUUCAGUGAAACAGAAACGAGGUCAUGGACCUAGAACAGGUUCAAGUCUUGGACAAGACGUGUAAUGGUUAUGCAAAUAAUGUUUCAAUUAGGCUAUAAAGACAUAAUUUAUUCAGACAACGUUGUCCUAAUUGUACAGGUGUAAUCUUUAGAAUGCUGAGCAAUUCUUUUUCAUUUCCCCCCCCGUUUUGAUGCACAGUAUCACAAGAUGGCCGCAGUCAUUUUGAACCAAAGGAUUCUAGUCUACUGGGUUAUGAUGUGUGACCUUGUAGGAUAUUACCAGUUUAUAGUCGUAGGAUGGAAGCAGUAUUUUCGUCAGAAAUAUUGGUAACCACCUAUAUUAAUACAUAACCUCAUUUUCACAAAAUCAAACAUUUAUAGCUAUUCAGAAGUUUUUAAUUAAAUUUCAUAACCUAA